CGCACUGGUCACACUGGAACGAAGUUGUGUUGUGCAAUAGAGUUGAUAAACGAAACUCGGUUCUAUUUUUUUUUGAUUGUUUAACUUACAACGACGCCCGGCGGUGCGACUGAGACGGCAAAUCCAGCGUGCGAUCCAUCCUAAAUAAUCCUAGUCGAGUAUCGAAAAGAUCCUAUAAUUAUAUUCAGCGAAAAUGUUGCGUACCCUGUCACGCGUUACCGAAUUGCCAAUUAUUGUUAAGCAACUGCAAAAAUGUUGCAACAGCAACAGCAAUCGUACGAUCAGCUGCAACAACCGGAAGAACAACAAUAAUAUACCAGGAAAUGGAAAAAGGAUACUGCAACUACAACAACAACAUCAAUAUCAACAUCCAUCACUGAUAGCGGUUAGAUAUUCAUCGUCGUUUUUCGGUUUAUUCCAGAAUGCAGCAUCAGCUGGUGUGGCAAAAACCAACAACUAUGCCACGGAGGCCACCAUACAAGUGAAUCGGCCAUUCAAGCUGCACCGCCUGGACGAGGGACCCGCCACGGAAGUCAAACUGACCAAGGAUGAGGCCCUCAAGUACUACACACAGAUGCAGACCAUCCGUCGUCUGGAGACCGCCGCCGGCAAUCUCUACAAGGAGAAGAUCAUCCGCGGUUUCUGUCAUCUGUACUCCGGCCAGGAGGCCUGCGCCGUUGGCAUGAAGGCAGCGAUGCGGGAUGUGGACAACAUCAUCUCGGCAUACCGUGUCCACGGCUGGACCUAUCUGAUGGGUGUUUCGCCGGCUGGCGUACUGGCCGAGCUCACCGGUGUCCAGGGCGGUUGUGCCCGCGGCAAGGGCGGCUCCAUGCACAUGUAUUCCCCCAACUUCUAUGGCGGUAACGGCAUUGUGGGAGCACAAGUGCCCCUCGGUACGGGCGUGGGACUGGCCUGCAAGUACAAGGGCAACGGUGGCAUGUGCCUGGCGCUGUAUGGCGACGGUGCCGCCAAUCAGGGACAGGUGUUUGAGGCCUACAACAUGGCCUACCUGUGGAAGCUGCCCGUGAUCUUUGUCUGCGAGAACAACAACUACGGAAUGGGUACUAGCGCGGAGCGUGCCUCUUGCAACACGGACUACUAUACCCGCGGCGAUGCUCUGCCCGGUAUCUGGGUCGAUGGUAUGGAUGUUCUGGCUGUGCGCAGCGCCACCGAGUUCGCCAUCAACUAUGUCAACACUGUUGGUCCUCUGGUUAUGGAGACGAAUACCUACCGUUACUCGGGACACUCCAUGUCCGAUCCCGGCACCUCGUACCGUACCCGCGAGGAGAUCCAGGAAGUGCGUCAGAAGCGUGAUCCGAUCACAUCCUUCAAGGAGCUGUGCAUCGAACUGGGUCUCAUCACCGCCGAUGAGGUUAAGGCCAUCGAUCUGAAAGUGCGCAAGGAGGUGGAUGAGGCCACUGCCUUCGCGAAGAGCGAUUCCGAGCUGGGUGUUAGCCACUUGUGGACGGAUGUCUACUCCAACAACCUGGAGCCCAAGCUGCGUGGCACCAUUGGCUUCGAUUUGGAUCACAUCCAGGAGCGCAAGGGCGUCAAUCACUAAAGCCUUUAAAGACGGGCAACGAAUCCGAUUCGGGGAACUCACACAGGACAUAGGACACAGGACACAGGACACAGGACACAGGACAUAGGACACUGGACAAAGACAGACACAAACACACACAUAAGCGAAAUCUCUAGCUCUUAAGCGAAAAGUUGAAGAAACGAUAGAAAGACGAUGAGAACCCAAGAUACCCAAGAACUUAGCUAAUCGGAGCACUCCCAACGUAAUCACAUCGUAGAGCACCAUAAGACACCACAAACUCACCAUAGAAAUGAUGGGCGGAGAUGGGGGUAAUGAUACUGGAUGUGGGGGAUUACUGCAUUGGAUAUUAUAUUACGAACGUGUUCAAUAUGGAUAAAGCGAAAGGUGUAAAUUGUUGAAAAAAAUAUACAUAAAUGCCUAGAAAAAAAUUCUGAAUUGUGGCUUUAUAAUUUUUAAAGUAAUUUAAGUAAUAUUAUUAAUAUUAAGAAACCCCCAACCUUGUCCUAUAAAGCCACUUGCCAUCUCGUUCUAUUUUGUGUCACAAUUUCGAUGUGUUUUUUGUCAUUUUUCGAAUACACAAGGCCUUAGGAACUUUCGUA